AUGGAUGACCAAGCUCCAAUCAACCUGGUGAAACCCAGGCACUACAAUCUAGAGCUGCGAAACCUCGACUUCGAAACUUGGAAGUACGAUGGCAUAGUGUCCAUCGCCGUGGAGUUCAUCCAGCCUUCCAGGUCAAUUACCAUCAAUGCCAGCCAUUUAGAGUUUAAGAAUGCGCAAGUGCUCGUGGACGGCGAUGUUGCUAUUACCACGAAAGCAACGUCGUUCGACUGCGACGACAAGAUGCAGGUCGUCAGAAUCAAUCUCAACAACGAAAUACCAGCCACAAAAAGCGCGACCAUCACCGUUGAGUUCCAAGGAGCGAUAAGCGACUCUCUAGCCGGCUUCUACCGCUCAAAAUACAAGCCCGUCAUCCAACAGGCAGCGUCGGUCGCUCAUGAUGACGACGGCUCACAUUAUGUGCUGAGCACCCAAUUUGAAGCUAGCUACGCUCGGCGGGCGUUUCCUUGCUUCGACGUGCCUAACCUCAAGGCGACAUUUGCCCUCACCAUCGAAGUGCCAUCUGACCAGGUUGUCCUGAGUAACAUGCCGGUCAGGAGCAUUAAGCCCAAUGACGAGCGGGCUGGCUGGCACGCUGUUUCCUUCAAGACGACACCCAUCAUGAGCACUUAUCUUCUCGCCUGGGCGGUCGGUGAUUUUGCGUAUGUGGAAGCCUUUACGGACCAGUUCUACAACGGCCAGAGGGUUCCUGUACGUGUCUAUGCCACUCGAGGGGUGCAGAGCCAGGGUCAAUUCGCAGUGACUCUCGCGCCGAGGGUAAUUGAUCUCUUCUCUGGUGUCUUUGAUAUACCUUAUCCACUGGACAAGAUGGACAUUUUAGCCGUGCCGGAAAUGUCCAUGACCAGUAUGGAGCACUGGGGCCUCAUCACGUCCCAACCCUCUGAACUUCUGUUAGAUUCGGAGACGUCAAGCGAAGCUGUGAAGCAGGACAUUGCGGACAAUGUCUCUCACGAACUCGCACAUCAGUGGUUUGGUAACCUUGUUACCAUGGACUGGUGGGAUGAGCUCUGGCUGAACGAGAGCUUUGCUACCUGGGCUGGUCAUUAUGCAGUUGAUCAGCUAUUCCCCGAGUGGGACAUCUGGGCACAGUUUGUGGUUGGCCGCAUGGAGGAUGCAUUUCAGGCAGACGGAUUGCGGUCCAGCCACGCCGUGCAUAUCCCCAUGAGUAGCGGUUUGCAGGAUCAUCAGAUUUUCGACCAAAUCAGCUACGGCAAGGGAUGCGCAGUUAUUAGAAUGUUGGUCGAGUAUGUUGGCGUUGGGAAGUUUUUGGCGGGCGUCUCCAGUUACUUGAAGACCAAUGCUUACGGCAACGCAACUGCUCAUGUCCUGUGGGAAAACCUUGAAGCUGCUUCUGGUAAAGGUAUCGUCGACAUAGCUGAGUCAUGGAUUAAUACUGUCGGUUAUCCGGUGGUGGUAGUGACAGAGAUACCCAAUAAGGGGCAAAUUUUGUUGCGACAGUCCCGAUUCUUGACGAGCGGCGAUGUUAAGCCCGAAGACGACACGGCUCUUUGGUGUAUCCCUCUCGGUAUAACGGGUAUCGACUGCGGCCAAGAUGCCUUCUUGUCCGAAAAGGAACAGUUUAUACCUGGUAUCGACCCAGAGUUUUACAAGCUGAAUGCCCAAGGCACCGGAUUCUAUAGAGUAGCGUACCCUCCAUGUCGUCUCGCGCUGUUAAGCACACAACUGAACCGUCUUUCUGCCUCGGAGAGAUGUUCCAUGAUAGGAUCUGCGGCUGCCCUUGCGUCUGCGGGAUCCGGAUCUGCCGCAUCUUUGCUGUCAUUUUUGCAAGGUUUUCGUCGGGAGAACCACGCCACCGUGUGGCAGCAGGUACUUGAUGCUCUUCAAAAUGUCGAGAUGGCCUUCUCUGAGGACGCAGAGAUGAGCACCGGACUGAAGCACUUCGCCUUGCAGCUCAUUGAAGGCAAGGUAAAUGAUGUUGGUAUAGAAGCAUUGCCAGAAGAUAGUUUCUUGAUGAGACGUCUUCGCCGAACUCUGCUUGGGAAAGCUGUGAAAUACGGGCAUGCUGGAACUGUGAACAAAUUCGCGUCUAUUUUCAGCGACUGGACUGAUAAGGGUAUCGACAUUAACCCAAGUAUGCGCCGCAUAGUGCUUCGCGCUGCUAUGCGAAAAGAACCAACCCGCGUGUUCCCAAUUCUCAUGUCUGAGUUUACUAAGACAUCGUCCAGCGACACCAAGAACAGCAUCCUUCUUGCAAUGGCAGAAACAGACGACAAGUCAAUCCUCCGCGACCUCGUCGCCUUCAACUGGUCGUCAUCCGUGCCUGUAAGUGAAAUGUCCGUGGUGCUGUUCGCUUUGGUUGCCCACCCUAUCGGUAGGCAUGUACAGUGGGCAUAUACAAAGGAUCAUUGGGAGGCGUGCGCGGCCAAGUUGAACGAUGCUCUUCUGCUGGAUCAGUUUGUACAGGUGAGCCUGCUCGGAUUUAGUAGCGAGGAUGUUAUCAAGGACGUGGAUGCGUUCUUUGCGGACAAGAACACGGAGGGCUUUAGACAGUCGUUGGAAAAGGGGAAGGAAGGGAUCCGAGCAAAGGCUCUGUAUAGAGAAAGGGACUCGGCACUACUCAAGCAAUUUUUCUUGGAGAAUAAGUACUUGUGA